AUGUUAGCGGGUGAGAUCAAAAGUACAAUUGUGAAAAGAAUCAAAGAAGUGAAAUAUUUUUCAGUUAUUCUUGAUUGUAGUCCAGAUGUUAGUCAUGAAGAACAAAUGUCUCUUGUAAUAAGAUGUGUGGAUGUUUCAACUAAUCAAGUAAAGGUGGAAGAGUUCUUUUUAGAAUUUUUAAAGGUGGAUGACACAUCGGAAUUGGGUCUUUUUAAUGUACUUAAAGAGGUAUUGUGCACACUCCAACUUGAUAUUGUUGAUAUAAGAGGGCAAGGAUAUGAUAAUGGCUCUAAUAUGAAAGAGAAACACAAAGGUGUACAAAAAAGGCUGCUUGAAAUAAAUCCCAGAGCAUUCUACACACUAUGUGGUUGUCAUAGUCUUAACCUUGCACUUUGUGAUAUGGCUAACUCUUGUCCCAAAGCUAUCUCUUUUUUUGGAGUGUUACAACGUAUAUAUUUAUUGUUUUCAUCUUCUACAAAGCGGUGGAAAGUUUUCAAAGAUCAUGUGGAAGGUCUCACAUUGAAGCCAUUGUCACAAACAAGGUGGGAAAGUCGCGUUGAAAGUGUUAAAGCAGUAAGAUAUCAAGCUCCACAAAUAAGAGAUACUUUAAAUCAUUUGGCAAAUCUCAGUGAACCCCACAAUACAAAGAGUGAAGCUGAGUCUUUAGGAACAUAUGAAAUUAAGAACUUUGAAUUUUUGCUUGGCAUGAUUAUUUGGCAUAAUUUAUUGUUUGCAGUUAACUCAGUUAGCAAAAUAUUUCAAAGGGAAGACACGCAUAUUGAUGUUGCUAUAAUUCAGUUAAAAGGACUCGUUACCUUUCUUGAAAAGUAUAGAGAAACUGGAUUUUUGGAUGACAUGAUUGAGGCAAAAGAAGUUGCUACUCUAAUGGAAAUUGAUCCAAUAUUUCGUGAAAAAUACGUCAUUCGCAGAAAGAAGCAAUUUGAUGAGAAUGUUAGUGAAGAGGUGACACAGACUACUGAAGAAUCUUUUAGAGUUAAUUACUUUAUGUUGAGUUCUACCAACAAGGAAUGUUUGAAGGCUUAUUGUGUUAAUCUUGAAGAUUUUCUGAAACAUGAUGAACUUUCUGAUAUUGAUGGGAGAGAUCUAUUUUCAGAGUUGAAUGUCUUGAAAGAAGUUUUACCGGAAGGAAUCAAAAGGCCAAUUGAAGUAUUAAAUUAUUUGAAAACAACGGAUGGUUGUUUCCCAAAUGCAUGGAUUGUGUAUAGAAUUUUGUUGACUAUAGCUGUUACUGUGGCCUCUGAAAAAAGAAGUUUUUCAAAGUUAAAGUUAAUCAAAUCUUACCUUUGGUCAACUAUGUCACAAGAAAGAUUGAAUGGGUUAGCUUUGUUAUCCAUUGAAAAGGAUAUGGUGGAUAAAUUCGAUUAUGCACGCUUCAUUAGUGAUUUUGCAGCUAAAAAUCACCUCUCUCGCCAAAUUCUUCAACCCCGCAUUGCGAAGCUCGAUCAUCCUGCACUCAACCGCCAAGGAGCGAGGAUCAACAGUGGUGGCCACAGACAAUCCAUAAUCUUCAAUCAACUUGUCGACAUUGGUGUGAAUACCCACACCCACAAAAGUGUAGCUAGGGUUGUUGAGGAAACCAGAAAGGGAUUGGGGGAUUUGAGGGGAGUAGAUGAGUUGGAAGAUAAGUCAUCGGCAGCUGACGUAGAGUUGGAGAGUGGUGGAGGGGUUAUCGUAGAAACGUGUGAUCCGAAUCGUUUAGCUCAAUUGAAAUUACAGAAUCGUAAAAUUCUACUAUUUGGAUCAAGAUUUUGA